UUUUAACAUUCCGUUGCACGUUUUAUUUUAAGGAUACAUUUUAAAUUUGUACAUUUCAUUUAGCAACCGUGCGGAUUGUAUAGUGAUGUAAGUUUUCUCACUUGUAACUUCUAAGAAUAGUGUCAACUUGAAACUUUCUAAGUGUCUGUGAUGAUCAAUGCUUUAGCUAAUUGUAUGCAUUGUUAUUGUAUCAUAAAAACACUCGUUUUCAAUGAUAGUGGGCAUAACAAGAGAGUAUGAACUCUCUUAUGCUAUUCGGUUACUCGAAAUACAACUUUGAACUGACCAAAUGUGUUUCAGAUGUGAUGAAUCAAAUAUUCGGAUACUCAACAGCAGAAAACAUGGUUUACAAAGUCUUGCUGUUUUCAAGCUUUUCGUUCAUGGAUUUUUAAGAUGCAUACAAAUAAGAAAACUAAUGCAAACAUACCAUCACGUAUCAUCGGUUCAUUGCUUUGUUUACUUAUCACCUUGUUUGGUGCAGCUUUAACCGGUUUUAUAGGUCAUAUACUUAUUGCUUUUGAAUAUAUCAGUGAAAUAUUUGGAAGAUAUAUAUUAUUUGGUGGAAUUUAUGUUAUACUAACAUGUGGUGUAUUCACUGUAUUGAUUGGUCUGCUUGGGUUUUUCAGUUUCAUACAUCCAAAUCGAUGUACAUCUAUCACGACUUGUGUUGGUUUAGUUAUUCUCAUUAUUACUACUACUUGCACAUCGGUGAUUGUUUAUAUGUAUCCUAAAACUAUGACAAAUUUGAUAUAUUACCGAAUGAUCAAAACAUUUCCAAAUUACGGUCAAAAUAUGCAAAUAACUAAUGCAUGGGAUAUUAUGCAAAAUUAUAAUCAAACUGUUUGGUACAAAUUAACCAAUGCUGAUAUACAUCUUCAUGAAGAAUUUAUACCACGUACAAAUCUUUACUAUCAUUUUGUCCCCGUAUCUUGUUGCUUAACUAAAAUUGAUGGUUUGACUGGAUUCCCUUUACAAAUUUAUCGUAAUAAGAAACGUUGUCAAAAUUGGCAAUACGGUCCACCAACACUCCAAGAUGGUCCACAUAAUGAUGCAUUAUAUUAUCGAGGCUGUUAUAACCUACUUGUCGACUAUAUUAAUGCAUACGCUGAAUAUAUACUCGGAAUGGGAUUGACAGCUGUUAUUUUAUUGAUAACCGUAUUUCUGUUGCUGCUACGCGCAGAACUUAGGAAUAAUCCAACUGAUCUACGAAUAUACGACACAAACUUACUAAAAAACAAUCAGAAUAAUUAUUACGUUGAUAAUAAGUAACCUGCACAGAUUUUCAAAGAAUGCCAAAUUUUAAUGACCCGUCAUCAGUUCAAUCAUUUGACCCUCCAUUAAAGUCUCUCAAUUUAAUUACUACUCGAAAACUCUACACGUCGACUCAAUUAUCUAUGUCAACAGCAACUACCAGGAGUUGGUCGCUAAUCCUUUCACAUAAAAUAAAUGUGACUAACACAUACCACAUGGCUGUCAAGCUUUUUCGAAAAUAAUUCCUUUUGCAUUUCACAGUCCCAUACAUGACAAAUGAAUAUAUACUUUUGUAAUCUUUGCUGUAUAUACUUUCUAACCUGUAUAGAUCUUUCUCUAACAUGUUUGCAAUUUUCUUGUAUGACUUUGGCAAUACAUUAUGAGAUGUAACUGUCUCGGAAUAAAAACCAACUGAUUACAAUAAAUACAGACUUAUCAAUUA